AUGAUUUCAUCAAUUCAAUGGGUACCAAGAGGUGCAUCAAAUCCAUUCCCAAAGAAAUUUGACCCAAAUGGUGAAGAUAUGGAAGAAUUAAAUGAAGAAGAAAUUAAAGCAAUGCAAGAAGAGGAAGAAGAAGAUAGAAUAAUUGAAAAGAAAUUUGAAAAGGGUGUACCAAGUGUUAUGAAUGACAAAGAAAAAGAUUUUUAUAAGAGAUAUAAUUUUGAUGAUUAUGAUAGUGAUGAAGGUGAACAAGAUGAAGAGGAAAGAGAUGAAAAUGAUCAUAGUCGUAAAACAGAAGAAGUUGGAUUAAAAUUCAUUAAUAGAGCAAUGAAGGGUUUAAUGUUUUAUAAAGAUACAGAUUCAGAUCCAUACUUAACCAAUAAGGAAGAAGAGGAUAUUGAAGAUAUAGAGGAUGUUAUUAUUAGACCAACCGAUUCAAUAUUGGUAUCAGCAAUUGUCACUGGUGAAGAUGAUUAUUCGCAUUUAGAUAUUAUGGUCUAUGAAGAGGAAUGCGAUAAUCUAUACGUUCAUCAUGAUAUUAUCCUCUCAUCAUAUCCAUUGGCAUUGGCAUGGAUGGAUCAAAACCCAAUAAAUCCACAAGAGAAAGGUUCGUUCAUGGCCGUUGGUACUUUCGAGCCAUCCAUCGAAAUUUGGGAUUUGGAUGUUGUAGAUAAUUUAAUUCCAACCGUUAUAUUGGGUGGUAAAGAAGAGGAUAGCGCCGAUCCAAUGAAAAAGCCAUCCGCUAAAAAACGUGGUGGUAAACAUAAUAAAUUCAAGGAAGGUAGUCAUAGAGAUGGUGUUAUGUCUCUCUCUUGGAAUAGUCAUCAACGUAAUGUUUUAGCAAGUGGUAGCAGUGAUAAUACCGUCAAGGUUUGGGAUAUCACAACUCAACAAUGUCUCAACACCUUUACUCAUCAUAAGGAUAAAGUAUCUUGUUUACAUUGGAAUUCUCAUGAGAAAACUGCACUUUUAAUUGGUUCUCAUGAUAAACAUGUUAGUAUUCUCGAUGUUCGUGCACCAGAUUCCGCAUAUAAAUGGUCCGUAAAAGGUGAGGUUGAAUCUUUAUCUUGGAAUCCACAUAAUCCAAAAGAGUUCAUCGUUGGUACUGAUGAUGGUAGAUUACUUUGUUAUGAUGCUACACUUGGUACUGCCGCUGCUCCAGUUUGGUCUGUUCAAGCCUCUCAAAAAGGUAGCGUCUCUUGUUUCUCCUAUUGUCCUGGUCAAGUUGGUUUCUUUGCAACUGGUUCCUCUGAUCAUACUGUUAAACUUUGGAAUUUAGAAACCUCCUCAAAUAAACCAACCCUCAUUGAAUCUAAAAAUUUAGGUCAAGAAAUUUUCACACUUUCAUUCUUUGAAAAUUCACCUUUCCUCUUAGCAGUUGGUUCUGAAACUCAAAGACCAAAUGUAAUUGACACUAAAAGAUUUAUCUCUGUACAAAAUAGUUUUGGUAUCGCUAGACCUGAAAAUUCAAAAGAACCAGUUUUCAUUACAAAUAAUAAAAAUAAAAAUAAUACUGAAGAAGAAGAAGAAGAAAUUGAAGAAGAUACUGAUAGUGAUCAUAAUGAUGAUGAAAUUGAAGAAGAACAAGAAGAAGAAGAACAAGAAAAAGAAAUUACACCUCCACCAAAACAAACUAAAAAAUUAAAUAAUACAAAAAAUAAUAAAAAAGAUGUUAAAAAUAGAAAGAAAGUUGGUGAUUCAGAUGAAGAAUAA